GCGAGGAGCAGCAAGCGAGAGGCUUCCUCUGCAAAACUCCUCGCUCCCAGCUGGGAGGUGACGGCAGCAGUGCCAGGGCUGCCGGGGCUGCCAGCCCGCUGCUCGGAGGCACUGGAGCAGCGCCUGGGCGGUCGCGAUAGACUGGACGGGGACCCGUGAACAUGUCCAGAUAGACCCAUGCUGAGUCACAGCUGGGAGGCCCCACAGCUUCCCCCUCCCCGCCUGCAGGCCCCAGCGCACACCCCAUCGCUCCUCCCUGCUUCAAAAGGAAGGAAAGGGCAAGCCCCAGCCCUCCGCGGGGCGCGAGCACAACCGAGGUGCUUGAACCGCCAGACCUCUGAAAGCCUGCCCUGGUGGAGCGCUGCAAAGAACGGAUCAACUCACCACAGCAGUGAGCAGCCUGCAGUCCCUCCCCACGCUGCCGGGAUGGAGAGUCGGCAGCACAACGCCACCAAGGAGCCGGAGAUCGAGCUGUUUGUGAAGGCUGGUCUGGAUGGAGAAAACAUCGGAAACUGCCCCUUCUGCCAGCGCCUCUUCAUGGUGCUGUGGCUCAAAGGGGUCAAGUUCAAUGUCACCACGGUGGAUAUGACCAGGAAACCUGAAGAGUUGAAAGAUUUGGCACCGGGCACCAAUCCACCCUUCUUGCUGUUCAACAGGGAGCUGAAAACAGACUUCAUUAAGAUCGAGGAGUUCCUGGAGCAGACCCUGGGCCCACCCACGUAUCCACACCUGAGCCCCAAGUACAAGGAGUCCUUUGACGUGGGGAGCGACAUCUUUGCCAAGUUCUCAGCAUACAUCAAGAACCCGCGCAAGGAAGCAAAUAUCAAUUUCGAGAAGGCCCUGCUGCGGGAGUUCCAGCGGUUGGACGUCUACCUAAACACUCCUCUCCCCGAGGAGAUUGACCAGGACAGCAUGGAGGACAUCACCGUCUCCAAGAGGAAAUUCCUGGAUGGAGACCACCUGACAUUGGCUGAUUGCAACCUUCUGCCCAAACUGCAUAUCAUCAAGAUUGCAGCCAAAAAGUACCGCGACUUUGAAAUCCCAGCGGACAUGAUGGGUGUCUGGCGCUACCUCAACAACGCCUACGCUUGUGAUGAGUUCAGUCACACGUGUCCUGCAGACGAGGAGAUAGAGCACACCUACGCCAGCGUCGCCAGGAAGAUGACCUAACCCCACUGCGGGGUGUGCCAGCAGCACUGCCCCUGGCCGAGUCCCCCACCUCCACAGUCCUGACACAACCAGACCCUGGCUGAGGGAGGGACUGGAGGGGGUUUACGGCAUUGAUACUUCCCACCUUUCAGAAAUAGCACCUUGCUUCACAGCCUCCUGCAGCUCCCUCCUCCUCCUCCACUGGCUGGCUGCAGCCCCUGUGCACCAUCACUGUGUAUGGACCAGUCCCUGUGUUGCUGCAGUGGCAACUGCAUCCCUGCUCCCCAAAAAAGGAUCUCACGGCACCAUGGGAAAAGCUGUGUUAGCCUUCCCCAGAAUCACUUUGGUGAAAGAGGUGAGACCUCCCCAAACAGCUGGGCUAGCCCUGCCUCCCCAUCCACUGCUGGAGCUGCUUUGCUCUGCCAGCCCCAUGAGGUCCCAGCCAUCCCAUACGCUCAGGAAGAGGUGUCCGGGAUCCCAGUGGAUCACCUGGGCUGGAGCUGUUUGAAUUCGCCCAGUUGCUCUUUUGCAGAGCACCCUUCAGUCUGCAUUUGGGCAAGCCCUCUCUUCCACCAAGGCAUCCAGGCUCUAUCUGAAGACACCAAAAGUCUUUGCCCCUGGUAGUUCAUUGCAGUGACAAAUUGUUCUCAUUAUUAGAGAGUUGUAACGUGUGUCUAACUCCCCAUUAGGACAUGGGGGCAGGAAGAUGCUGGGCAUGAUGCCUGGUGUGAAAGUGCCAGGACCUGCUGUGGAAGGGAAGGAGGGGUGCAGGAACUCGUGAAGGGCUGAGGAUGGAGGGCCGAGGAUGAGGGCAUCCCUCCCAUGUGUGCCAGCACCCAGGGCCACAUUCUUCUGGCUGCAAGGUCCAGCCUGUCUCCUGCGAGCUAAGAAACCUCUCCCUGCCUUGCAGAACACUGCAGGAGAUGCAGCCAUGUGCUGCUCCAGCUCCACCGCCCCCUGCCCAGAUGCUUGACUGGGAGAUGGAAGCAUGGGUUAGGGAGUCUGUCUGGUUUCCACACCCCAGUACCAGACAGCCUGAGAGAGCAGGCAAAAACUGCUUUGCAUAGUGCUGUGUCUGUAAGAGAUACAUGGGUAGGUUUGGUGCUCCCUGGCUCAGUGUUGUGCUUUCCUGUCCAGUGUUGCUGAUGCAAGAGGAGUCAAAGCUGCUCUGCACAGCCACGACAUCCCAUCCUCCCCCAUCUGAUACCUUCAGCUCCCCCAAGAGUUCCUGCCAGUGGCUUUGAAUUCAGCCAGCCUUCCCCAGCCAGCCCCAUGGGCAAAAAAAAUACUGUACAGUGAGUGUGGGUGGGUCCUGCAGGGACACGGUGCCAGCAGACCCCUCUCCAGCCCUCACUGCCACUUCCCUCUUUGCACUAAAAGGUGUGUUCUCACAAGCCUGCCUCUGAUAGCACUGGGUUUGGGGACUGGGUUUUUUAUUAAUGGGUUUUGGUUUGUUUGGGUUUUUUAAACUAAGAACAGCAAUAAACUAUAUUUUAAUAUGC